AAACGAGUGACGGGGACCAGUCAGUGUUUAUUCAUUGCCUUGUGAAACAGGUGUUGUCGAUUGGAAUUUUCUAUCCUUUCCACAGUAAAGGAAGACACUGCUUCUAUGCGCCGUUUAGUGAUGCACCGAAUUCUUGAGGAUCUGUGAUUGUUGCAAAUGCAAGGGUAAUGGUUCGCAAAAAUUGCCUGAUAUGCAACGCAUUCAUUCUUGAUAUGUAUGGUGAAAAUUACAAAGGCUGAUUAAUCGCACAAGAUGUUUAGUGCAGACGACACAAGCGUGAGGGUAGCUCUAAGGGUGCGCCCUCAGCUUCCGAGAGAGAAGAUUGACAUGUGUCGCAUCUGCACGUCGGUGACACCGGGGGAGCCACACAUCAUGCUGGGUAGUGACAAAGCUUUCACUUACGACAACGUCUUCGACCUGAAUGCGAAGCAAGAGAGCAUAUACAGCGAGUGCGUGAGCACGCUCAUUGAGGGCUGCUUCGACGGGUAUAAUGCUACCGUGCUCGCAUACGGACAGACGGGGUCAGGGAAGACUUACACGAUGGGCACUGGAUUCGAUGUGAGCAUCGCCGAACAGGAGGAGCUUGGCAUCGUUCCGCGCGCCGUCCACCACCUCUUCGACGGCAUCGAGCAACGACGUCUACAGGCUAUCAAGCACGGCGAGGCUCCGCCCGAGUUCAAAGUUCACGCAGAGUUUCUGGAGCUUUAUAAUGAAGACAUCAUUGAUCUGUUUGACCCAUCAAGAGAUGAUAAGAAUAAAUUAUCCAAGAUUAAGAUUCACGAGGACCCGGCCGGGGGCAUUUACGUCGCUGGGGUCACUUCACGGCUGGUCACAUCUGAAAAUGACACAUUGGAUGCACUGAAACAGGGUGCAUUGUCACGAACAACGGCCUCCACACAGAUGAACAACAUGUCAUCGCGAUCCCAUGCCAUCUUCACUCUUCACAUAAAACAACAAAGAGUUUGCAAGAACCAGGACACCGAUGCUGACGAAGACACGACGAUGGAGUCCGGACAACUACCAGAGUUUGAGGCCCUGUCUGCCAAGUUCCACUUUGUCGAUCUGGCUGGUUCAGAGCGGCUAAAGCGCACCGGAGCGACCGGCGACCGAGCCAAGGAGGGCAUCUCCAUCAACUGUGGUCUGCUCGCCCUGGGCAACGUGAUAUCAGCCUUGGGUGACAAAGCCAAGAAAGCAACGCAUGUGCCUUACAGAGACUCGAAGCUGACGCGGCUGUUGCAGGACUCUCUGGGUGGAAACAGCCGCACGCUGAUGAUCGCCUGCAUCGCGCCGUGCGACCGCGAUUUCAUGGAGACGCUGAACACGCUGAAGUACGCGAACCGCGCGCGCAAUAUCAAGAACAAGGUCGUCGUGAACCAGGACAAGACGAGCAAGCAGAUCGCUGCGUUACGCGUAGAGAUCAUCGCGCUGCAGAACGAGCUGAUGGAAUACAAGACGGGUAAGCGACAGGUGGACAGCGAAGGGCUGGAACAUGUCAACGAUAUGUUCAACGAGAACACCAUGAUGCAGGCAGAGAACAACGGAUUGCGCGUGCGCAUCAAGGCCGUGCAGGAGACGGUGUCUGCACUGACGCAGCGCAAUGCCAUGCUACUGUCCGACCGCACAAUAGGCGGCUGGAUCAAUCACGAGGAUGGGGAGACAGAUGAAAUGGCUUCAAUGAUCCAGAACUACAUCAUGGAGAUCGAGGAACUGCGUGCGAAACUGCUGGAGGCUGAGGCGUCGUGCGAUGCCUUGCGGCGACGGGAGGAGAUGCUGGCCCGCUCCCCAAGCCGCACUCCUCUCUCUCCCUUUCACAUGCCCUCCUCCUCUGUCAUGUCCGGUUCCUACGUUGAUGUGGACACGAUAUCAAUGAGCAGUUCAGCAGAUCUUGGCACGAACAUUUUGGAUGAAGCAAAGAAGGAGCUACGGCAGCUGAAGAGCAAGGCUCUCAAUGUGUCACGCCAGUCCAGUCGAGCGAGCAAUGAGAAGGACCGUGAUAGCUAUGAGGACCUCAGUGACCAGGAGAUCAUGGAGACCAUGGGAGACAGUGACAAUGACAAUGACAACAUUGCUGAGGAGGACGAGGAUGAUGCUGGGGAUGAAGACAGCACAGAUGAAUCGGAUGUCGAAGAGGAAGGCAUGCAGGAGGACCUCGCGGAGCUAACGAGUGAGAUCAACAUCAAGCAGAAGCUGAUCGAGGAGCUGGAGACGAACCACCGCAAGAUGGAGCUGCUGAGGCAUCAGUACGAGGAGAAGCUCAGCCAGCUGCACACGCGCAUCCGUGACACGGAGCUCGAGCGCGACCAGGUGCUAUCCAACCUCAAUAUGAAAGAGAAGGAAGCCAACGCCAAGAACAUAAAGGAGGAAUACGAAAAGAAGUUGAGCUCGAUGCAGACGGAGGUGAAGAAGCUGCAGGCAGCUAAGAAGGAGCACGACCGCUUGCGACAGCAGCAGCAGCGUACAGAGCGACAGCUUAAGUCCCUGCAGAACGAGUUGUCGGAGAUGAAAAAGGCGAAGGUAAAAUUGAUGACAAAACUGAAGGAGGAUGCCAAGAGGAUGGCCGGACGCGAGGCGGAGAAGUCACGAGAGAUUGCUGGCCUGCGCAAAACGCAGCGUCAGCGAGACAACCAGAUACGAACGCUGGAGGCAGAGAAGAAGCUAAAGGAAGUGGUGCUACGCCGAAAGCAGGAAGAGCUUCAAUCCCUGAAGAAAAACAUCAUGUCGGAUAAGGUCGCCGGAAGAGUGACUCGCAACCGGGCUGUUGCUCGUCCUGCCACCAGGAUGCAGCACGUGUUCAACGCACGAGUCGCUCAUCAGAAGUGGACGCUAUUAGAAAAACAGAUCUCAACGAUAACCCUGAAGAAACAGACGCUGUUCAAUAUGGAGCAGGACAUGGACAGAUGGGUCAAGCAACGAGAGAAGCUGGGGAAGGAGAUGGAGAUGCUGACGCAGAAGAGAGACGCUGCGGAACAGCGCCAUGCCGAGGAGAGCAUCACGCGCGACCUCAGCGAGCAGAUAGACAGCGUGCGAGCGAACCUAGACUACGUGCAGGACAACAUCAGUGAGUGUCAGGAGCAGAUUGUGCAACUGGAGGACAGCAAAGACUUGGAGACAGGCGCGAGUGGUAUGUCAGUGAACUUGUCUACGCUGAUCGAGAAUGUGAGGCUAGAAGAAGCCAAAUACCUCCUGGAGCAUCUGUUCAAUGCAGCAGUCAGCAAGAGCAUGCUGGCACAUCAGAACGAGAGCGGCUACAAGGAACUGCAGGCGAAGAUCAAGCAGACGGAGCAGAACAACGCCAUGCACCAACAGCUGCUGCAGUACAUGCUGCAGGAGCGGGGAGAGCUGGACGUUCUCACCUUCCUAUCCAACGGUGAGCUAGAUGGCAGCGGCGGUGACGUCAGCAGUGGCGCCUCCUCUCCGUCAGACAGCAUGAUGGGUGUCGUGCCGCCACUACCCGGAGCACAGUUAUUGCAGGUGCCGAAGAAAGACAAGGCUCGCCGAAAGACGGCCACGACAGAGGACCUCCUCUACGCUGGCCCAAGAGAGAGUCAGGGUUCAAGCGUGGCUCCUCUCCUCCCUGUGCCUUCGUCCUAUCAGGCGGCUCUGGAAGAGGAACUAGGGGAGGAGGAGGAAUGCUCGAUGCCUUCGAAAGCCUUCAGAGAGAGCAGGCUCGUGACUGUGCUCACCAGCCAGGAGCCAAGUCAAGGCAAUAGACUGGGAAGCAGACCGGAGUCUAAAACUCUUCCGGCCGCACCAGUCAAAGAUAGUUCCCUGAUGCCACCACCGAAACUGCCGCCCCCUCGACCCACGUCAGCGGCUAACGUACGAAGCACGGAACCGUCGCCCAUGCUGCGUCGAAAGAUCAGCAGCUCAUCCCAGCUGACGGACCCCUCUCCGGUGAUGAGACGGAAGAAUUCGUUCACACUGAAAAGCAACAGCCACUCUAGCUCAAACCUCCGGGGCAUGUCACGUCAGAACAGCUUCAACAAGAAGAGGAAUUCGGCCAACAGUAUCAACAACUUGGACAGUACUGGCAGCACGACGACUCCCCGGAGCCGGACUCUCCCCCCGCGCAGACGCGCGACCAGAACGUGUUCUCUCGUCUCUACAGCCACGCGCCGAGCAGCAGUUCACGCGGCGAAGGUGUGAUUAACCCGUAUACUGGUAAGCCACCAGGCAACAUGCCGUUGUACUGCACCCACCAGGCUGAGGGACAUGACAAGCCCGUG